AUGUUGAAAAAUCCAAGCUUUUAUCUCAAUUCAUUCAAAUCAUAUUCGAGACAAGCUUCCAGACCUCAAUUUCUUAAACCCUCCCACUUUAUCAAUUUCCAUUCCAAAAUGAAUUUAAUGACAAUAUCCCAAUCCUUGGACGAAGCUUAUACCAAGCACGGCAUUGUACCCGAAGUGGUGGACCCAUUCAAGACUCAAGGCUUAUUGACCAUUGAAUAUAGCGACAAGAACAAGGUGACACUCGGCAACACCUUAAAGGUCGACAGUACUCAACAUGUGCCCACCAUUCAAUUCACCGUCAAUUCUCCGGCCCCAGAAGAAGAAUUUGAGGUUUCGGCCAACGACAAAUUCGCCUUGGUGUUAACCGACCCAGACGCUCCUUCGUACUCAGACAAGAAAUGGUCAGAAUACUGUCACUGGAUUGUAACAGAUUUAGCUUUAAACAUCAAUAAGGAUACCGACGCCGAAUCAUUAAGCACGAUGUUGGAUUUUUCCAAAGGUAAUGCUCUCGUCCCAUACGUGGGGCCUGGUCCACCUGAAAAAACCAAGAAACACCGGUACGUCUUCUUGUUGUACAAACAAGAUCCCAGUGCCAAAUUGACGGCACCGGCCGAUAGACCCAACUGGGGCACUAAUGUUCCUGGUUCGGGCGUGAGAGACUGGAUUAAGAAACACGGUGGUCUGGCCCAGUUGUUGGCAGUCAACUUUUUUUAUGCCCAGAAUGAAGUCCAGGAAUAA